AUGGCUACCAGAGAGGAGCUCCGGGUGAUCAGCUGGGGCGAUGGCGAGGAUAAGAAGUCUGGCACCCCGGAAGCGCCAGCGUCCAUCCUCUUGUGGUGCAUGGCCCAGACGGAGAGAGGGGGCAAUAUCACAGCAAUGCAAUGGCAAGCCAGGAAAGCGGGAAAUGCAGUUGAUGUUUCCAACGGAUUGCAUCUGGCCAAUGCUUGCCGUCUAGGAAGCGCCAGCAUCGGCGCCAGGCCGGGGUGCAUCGCCAAUGAGGCGGCAGAAGUAGCCGCGAUCUGCAUGCUCCCAGCAACCCUUCACGCAACGGAACUAGGAGGAGGAUCUGCCCGCCGGUUGGUGGGUGCAACCAUGAGAGUACCAGCUAUAAUUGCUAACCAUCAGAUGGCUCAAUACCUACGUGCCAGAGGAAAGAAGCAUGGAGACAGGGAGACGAUGAAUGAGGUGGUGUCGCAUCAUGUGACCAUUACCAUCCAUCGAAAAGGAUGCCCGGACUGCCCAAUCAGAGUGUGA